GGCUAUCAGGAAAGGGGGGUGUAAUUGGAAUGUGAUAAAAGCCAGCCUGCAGCCGGGAGGAGCUGCUGCUAUACCUCACUGCUGCUCCCAUCUGCAGGCUCUGGGCAGGAAGAUUCCUUCUCUUCUCUCCUCCAAGGUCCAGCGACAAAGCUGCCACCAUGCGGCAGAAGGUGGUAUCGCUCUUGUUGUGCUACCUGCUGCUCUACGCCUGCGGGCCGGUGGAGGCAGGCAAAAGGAAAGACUCGGAAGACAGCGACUCCGGAAUCUGGGGCGCGCUGCCCUACAUGGCGAUUGGAGCAGGAGCCCUGGCCUUCGGGCUGCCCGCUCUGGGCUUCACGGGCACCGGUAUCGCUGCCCACUCGGUGGCCUCCUGGCUGAUGAGCUGGUCGGCCAUAGCGAACGGGGGCGGCGUGCCCGCCGGAGGGCUGGUGGCCACGCUGCAGAGUUUGGGGGCUACUGGUGGUGGCAGUGCCCUCAUGGCCAACGUUGGUGCCGCUGUAGGCUAUGCUGUCCACAAGCAGAUAGACAACAAGGGGGCAGAGGAGGAGGAGGAGUGAGCAGCUUCCAGGACACCCAUCCCCCACCCUACUUCUUCCAGGUGAAGUCCAGAGCUCUCUCUGUGACACUCGUCAACGACCAGGUGAAAAAGAGAAUAAACUUCUCUCAGAAAACA